CCGGCGGUAUCGCGGCUCUCAGCGUCCUCCGAUCUCUGAGCCUUCCCCAACCGAGGGGACUUUUCCUUUUGCGCUCUGAUUCCAGGACCUUCUCCACGACUAAGCCAUUCUCCCUGCCAGGUGUCCUUUUGAUCUCCUGACCUCUGAUUCAAAGGUCAGCUCCAAGGUUCCGAACUCGGGCCUGGGAUGUGAGGGGUUACAGAGCCAAAAUUCCCUAGUCUUUAGCCCUGGACCCCCCCCAAACCCCACCCUUUAGGCACCCCACCCCAGAUCCGAGCAUUCAUUUUCCCAAAAUUGACUCCGGAGUUUUACAAACCUUUCCCGGGUUAUACAUUAACCCUUAACUAAAUCCCCCUUCUUGAGCCUUGCAACCCAGCCCCAAACCACAAAUCUAGUUCCGGAUAAAGGACCCGCCGUGUUAACCCCCUGCUUCCAUGAUUCCAAAUAUCAGUCCUGGUCCUUUCAGGCCCACUGCUCAGCACACAAGUUCUGGAACUCCGCGCUAAAACCUUCAGAACGUCCAUCCCUGUGACUAACUCAUUUUAGAGCAUCCAUCCCGCCCCGAUUCUUGACCUUCCAGCACUUGCAUGCCAUAGACCCCAAAAUGAUUUCUCCGUGCUCUCCUCCGAUACAGCCCCCAGCCCCUCCACAAACCCCUGUUCCCCAAGCCCCCAUCACUCCACUUCCUCUACCCCUAAAUGCCCCCAAUUUAGCUUUUCCAUCCCCCUCAAGUCUCCAGGCCCCUAUCCCCCCACCUCCACCCCCUGUGAGGGCACUGGCUCCCCCUCACGUCUUCGGCCUAGAGAAGAGUCAGCUCCUGAAGGAGGCCUUAGAGAAGGCCAGCCCAGUCCCCAGGAGCAGAGAUGACGUGAAGAGGCUCCUGAAGCUGCACAAGGACCGUUUCAGAAGUGACUUGCAAUGGAUCCUCUUCUGUGCCGACCUGCCCUCCCUCAUCCAGGAAGGCCCUCAGUGCGGGCUGGUGGCCUUGUGGAUGGCAGGCACAUUGCUGGCACCACCCAGUGGCAUCCCCCUGGAGAGACUUGUGCAGAUGGCCGUGGAGAGAGGCUACACGGCCCAGGGAGAGAUGUUCUCCGUGGCCGACAUGGGCAAGCUGGCCUGGGAGGCACUGGGCUGCCAGGCUGAGCAGCUCCACGGUGGCCUGGGCGGUCCCAACAGAGCCCGUGUCCUGCAGCACCUUGUCUCCGGACAUCCCAUGCUCAUCCCCUACGACGAGGACUUCAACCACGAGCCGUGUCAGAGGAAGGGCCACAAGGCCCACUGGGCAGUGAGCACAGGGGUCCUGCUGGGUGUGCGGGCCGUGCCAGGCCUUGGCUACUCUGAGGACCCCGAGCUGCCAGGUCUGUUCCACCCAGUGCCCAGCAUGCCCCGCCAGCCACCAGCCCUGCCCGAGGAAGGCUCCCCAGGAGCCGUCUACCUCCUCUCCAAGCAGGGCAAGAGUUGGCAUUACCAGCUGUGGGACUAUGACCAGGUCCGGGACAGCAACCUACAGCUGACGGACUUCUCGCCGUCACGGGCCGCCGACGGCCGGGCGUACGUGGUGCCUGCAGGCGGGGUGCGGGCCGGCCUCUGUGGCCAGGCCCUGCUCCUCAGACCGGGGGACUCCAGCCGCUAG